ACAAAAUGGCGCCUUAUGAAAGGUCGCCGGCGGAAGCGAGGAGUGGCGGGCUUUGCCGGCUUUGGUCGAAUUCGGCGAGUAAUCAAUGAUACCUGAACAAUGGUCGUUUGAUGCUCAUUAAUUAAUAUUACUUGAAACCAAUUAUACCAAUGUGGAAAGGAAGCAGAUAUAUGUUUGUGAAUUUAUUAAUAAUAUGCAGUUCCAUUCCGAAGGCGGGUUAGAGUUGUUAUCGAGAUUCAGUGAGAAACCGCGUUCGAUUAACCUCGAUGACGUUCUAUUCUCGAGCGACAUCGACAACAGGAGCAUCAUAGAGAUCGCCGGGGCUUCGGCCACUGGAAAGACCGUGUUACUGUGCCAAUUCAUAGCGAAAUGCAUACUGCCCGCGCGGUACAAGGGGAUCGAGAUCGACGGAUGCGACGCUUGUGCGAUACUGAUCGACACUCUUGGCCACGUACAGAUGAGCAAGAUAGCUGAACUAAUGCGUGCCACGGUACGCAGCGCGUGUCAAGUAGCCGCGGAUGUACAGUCGCCAGCCGAAAUGGUAGACUACAUUGUAAAUAAGUCAUUGGAAAACUUGACGGUGAUCAGCUGUUGCAACAACGAUCAACUCCAGCUGACUCUGCACACUCUCGAGGAUGAGUUUCUUGGCAAUGAGAGGAUCGCUUUGUUGGCUAUAGAUAAUAUCCUAGCGUACUAUUGGCAGGCGAGAAAAGAGAGAAAAGAGAGUAUACUCAGUAUGGAUUACUACGCUAAAGACUUGCUCAAAAUUAUCCGCGCGCAAACAUUUCAAUUUCACACUGUGACAGUUUACACCAAGUGGGACGGACCUGCAGUGUCUAAAAAUGAAUCAUACGCGAAGCGAUGUAGCAAUCUAAAGAAGAUAGGUGUAAAUUAUAGGCUGCAACUUGGCAAAAGUACUGUAAUUUGUAAGCUUAUAUGUCGUGUACAAUCCUGCACUGAUGAUGUAAAACAGAUUUCUUAUAUAAUCUCGGAUUCUGGUAUAAAAUGGAUUCCCGAUAAUAACACAUAACUGAAGCAGAAAUAAAUGAGGGUGAUCUCUGGUGUAAAUCCGGAAUUUCAUAUCUAUCUGGAUGGAGUAUAUCUUUUAAUAAUUGUUGCAAGAUGCCGA